AUGGGCUCGACCCCGACGCCUCCGAGACGCCAGUCAGACAGGCGAAGCACGCCUGGGCAUCACAACCCAGGUAAGGGGUACGGCAGCAACCCAGAUGGGUCUAGGUUGGCAGGAGAAUUCGCACUCGCACGUCGAGGUGGGACCGCCACCACCCCCUUCUCCGUAGCACAACCCAGCCCGUCUCCUCUCGACGCAGCUGGAGGGUGGAUCAGCAGCCAACAGAGUGGGCAGCGUGCCGGGGGCAAGGCGAAGCAAAAGCCUAACGGCGAAGAGAGUGGGCAGAAGCUGGCGAGAGAACAUUGGCGUAGGGUAGCCCCUUCCAUGACCGAGGACCAGGACGUGGAGGUGUGCACGAAUGAAGGAGGCAGGAAGACCGUUCAUGUGGCCAUGCAGGAAAAGACCAAGGCGUGGGAGGAUCGCGUGCGCAUUGUAUGCAUAUGCUUCAGAACUUCGAUCACGAAANGAGUGCAGGCACCGACAGCAGUUCUGUACAGAUGUAUCAGCGCACACAAUCCUUUCGCAGAGAGUGGGCAGAAGCUGGCGAGAGAACAUUGGCGUAGGGUAGCCCCUUCCAUGACCGAGGACCAGGACGUGGAGGUGUGCACGAAUGAAGGAGGCAGGAAGACCGUUCAUGUGGCCAUGCAGGAAAAGACCAAGGCGUGGGAGGAUCGCGUGCGCAUUGGAAACGAAGUGAUCACGGACGGGAGGAGCAAAGAAAUGGCGGAGAAGGACUCCGAGGGCAAGACCGGGGAAGGCAAGAAGGACGCCGGAGUAUUCGACGAGGAGAACGAGGAGGGGUCCGAGGCAAGUCGAUCUUGUUCUGUGUUUUAG